CUCACAGAGUCCAGCCUGACACCACAUCAGAGCGCCAACAAGAGGAGCAUCAGACUCUACCGCCAACCCCUACUGGAGGAGCCUAAACUGGACCUGGUCAUCAGUUUCAAGCCUGCUUUCCUGUGUAAUGACUUUUGGUUCAGCACUCUUCUAAAACUCCAGUCUUUCAGUGUUCCAGCCUUCUUCUGUGAGAUCAGCGAGCUGAGAUGUGAGACAAGUCAGGAGGUGAUGAACAAAGGCCACAGGGUGGGCGCUGUCUCCCCGCCAGAGAUCAACCCCUUCCACUGGCCGCUGCGCAUCAACGGAGGGGACAACAGGCUGCCACGGUGAGGAGGCUUUAACUGUUCUGACAUUGCUUUAAUUUAAUUUCCACGUCUUUUUAUUUUCCAGUUCAAGCACUGAUGUAUGUGCAGAUCUGUCCUUUCUGUUCAGUGUUCAAAAGUUGAACCUGAAGAGACUAAAUACACAGGAAGACUACCAUCUACCAUCAUAUAAACUCUGUGACUCAUCAGCUGGAAAAGUCCCUGUUUCUUGGGCAUGUUCUGACCGUGCUGCGUGUUACCGCGGAUCUGCAGCAAUCAGUGUGGAAUAAUUGCUCUCAGCUAUGAAAAGUUUUGACUGAUCUCUGUUCUCUGUUACGUUUUCAUCCUCCACUGCUCUUUCUUUCUUUUUUCUUCAUCCCAUCAUUUCCCCAACGGCUUCAUCUCCCACCUUAUCUACAAGCCUUUGGCAAACGUUCAGCACCCGCAACCUCCUACUGCAGAGUCACUACACCUGACUCGCAGGGAGACGAAGGGCAGCCGCCCAGCAACACAGAGAGGCCAAAACGAAGGGAAAGAAAACGCUCUGUCUCUAAAUGAAAAGAGUCAAAGUGCUGAGGACAGAACCAGCUCUGAGGACCUUUUUCAUGGUUCCUGCAGAGAGACCAUCAUGAGUCACUGAGGGGGGACUUUGGGGAAAAAUGGCCAUUCCACCACCACCACCACCACCACCGUGCCCUCCACCCCAUCCUGCUAAAAUUGCCGCUUCAAAGACUUCCUGACAUCUGGCCAGUGCUCGAGGGGGAGCGGAAAGUCUCCGGGGGAUUUAUUCUGCUCUGCGGCGCCCUGCAUUGCAACGGAAUGGGAGCUGGAUGAAUUGAAAGUCGGACGUGGAUACAGGCUGAAGGACCGGGAACAACAAGACGGACAGAAGCCUGCGGUAGCCUGAUAUAGCAGCCAUGGCCAGCAUGACCUACAUACCACACAGCUUAAUGGACGCAUCUCCAGGACAUCUCUGCUGGAUGGAUUCAUUGGACACUGACGCGCUGUUCAACCUUGUAACACAGUAACAAGUGACCUUCAGUUUUAUUUGCUGCUGCAGAACUAUGCAUAACAAGACACGUGAAUGUGCGUAUGACUGAACACAGAGGAAUCAUCCCUGCAGAUCAUGUCCUAUGCAAAAUAAGGGAGCAACAACAUGAUAAGGAUUACGUGCUGGAUGUUUUGCUGACCUUUCUGUCACGCUCGGGGGUCAAAGAGGAAACCAAAAGGAAAAUUAAUCAGGCAGGUGGCCUGAGGCUUCUGGGUACUACAGUCUCCCUGCCAUUCUGCCCCUGUAUGCUGUUGGAGUAUACACCGGCUCUGCUCUGUAGAUUAGUCUACAGUUCACGAGGCUGGCAGUGGAGCCGGGAUCAAAGGUCCAAAGAAGAGCAGGGCUGAAAGGUCUUUUUGAGCUGAAGCAGCUUGUAUGAUGCCUUAUCCAUUCACGAGCAACAGAUUGUAUGGUAGUGAUCACUAAAUAUGCUGUGAUCAGCAAUAAAUAAACAAGCCAAGCAAUAAAAAGAGAGUUUUUUUGGAGGGGGGGGGUGGGGGGUGCUGUCAGCAACACAAACUGUUGCCAUCAUGCUUCUGAACUGUGGUCAGCCGUUACCUCUGCUGAGGCAUACAGAUGUGCCACCUCGGGUCAUAGAAAACUUCAUCCUGACUGGCUACCGCUUCCCAAACUACAGCCUGAGAGAUUGCUUACUGUCAGCAUUCAGGCCUACAAAUGAAACAGGCAACUUCUGGACGCACUUCCUCCCAGUUUUCAUUUUUUCAUACUACUUUGUGGAGGUGUUUGGUUGGGAAGGUGCACCACCUGGUGACGACCCGUUCUUCUACCCAUUGUGGAACUACUUUAUUGGGGUGUUCUGUCUGCUAAUGGCUAGCAGCAUGGCCCACCUGCUCAACUCUAUGUCCCUGGUGGUCAGAGAAGUCUGCUUCUUUGUGGAUUAUGGCACUAUCAGCGCCUACACUGUUGGCUCAUCAUUGGCAUACUACUACUACAUCCACCCGCGAGCAGGGCUGGUGGAGACGGGAACCCAUAAUGACUCUCAUAUGGAUUUGAAACAUGAACCUGCAGAGGCAGUUACAUCAUCCUAUGCAAUCCCAGAAUUCAGUGUGUUCUUUGAGACCUUCUACAUCCCAUGUGCGUGUGUCGUAGCCAUCAUUUGCGUCUUAUCUUGCUGCAAUACUCGCCAGAGGUGGAGGCAGCAUCGAUACGUCAUCCGAACCCUUGUCUUCCUCCUCCCGUUCCUCAUCUCUUCCACACCAGUCUUCUAUCGCCUCCUCACCAGAUCGCCUUAUUCCAACGCCACCUCCUCCUUUGCUGCCUCCACUUCCAUGCCCACCUUCUUCUAUCGCCACUGCCUCUGGCUGCUGGUGUCUGCCGUCUUCAACAUCAGCAAGUUCCCAGAGCGGCUGGCCCCGGGCCGCUUCGACAUCUGGGGGCACAGCCACCAGUGGUUCCACUGCUGCACGUUUUUAUCCAUCCUGGACGAACUCCACAUGAUCAAGGCUGAGGUGAGGGCCAUCCUGCUUAGCCCGACUCUGCUGCUGCCCUUCGCCACCCUCUCUCGCCUACCUGGGCCUACCAUAGCGUCCACCUAUGGGGUGAUGCUCCUCCUGCAGACCACCAUCAUCUCCAUCAUCGUGUGGUUCUCCUGGCGUGCCAACUGCAUCUACGGACCUCAGAGAGACCAGCUAGCAAAGGAGCACAUCAAGAAACACCUGAAAUGUCACUGAUCAAACAGACUUUUUUUUUUUUUUUUUUUUUGGUCAAUCAUGUCAACUGUGAAGGAAGAUUUGCACAUGCAUACAGAGCCAUGCCACAAAGAGAAGCUCACCAGUGGAACAAUAUUUCCCAUCCGAUUUCAAGUCCCUCAUAUGUUCCAUCUCCUUUUGGGAGCAUUUUUCAAGCUUUCACGAGGGGAAAUCGGGGACAACGGGAGAUGAAAGGAUUAUAUUCUGAGCUCACCACAGGGUGGCUGUCUGGUUGAGUGGAUAUUGGAAGACCUUGCCAGCUCUUUCCCCUGAGCUGUUCCAGCAUGCUCCAACAGGAUGUCUGAGCAGUGGGGAUAAUAACUACCUCUAGGGGCUGUAUACUUGAGGACAGAGGAAAGGUGUUGGUACCCAGGAGAACACAUGUUCCGUAAAACAUUUGAGUAAUGUGGCUUAAAAAAGUCAGCGCGGCCAUUUACAGAAGUUGUUGAUGAGUUGCCUGCUGUCAUGUUCCUCCUCCUGUUGCACUUCCCCUUCCUCUGACCUCAAGCGGUAUCUUUUGAAAAAUUCUCUGCUCGGGCUUCAGCUGAACCCAUUGUUUCACGCUGAGUUAAUCCUUUUUGUCUGACCUUUGUUAACCAUACCUCGACUUUGGCUCUUCCUCUAACUUACACAAACGCUCACGCAAUCUCAUUUCCUCUCUCUUUCCAAGUGACUCUUGCAGCAGGAAGUGUGGUGGGACUUGCAGACGUAACAGAAAUAGCUGAGAGCUCGUAUCAGUCUUACAGUAAAGCACUUUUGGGGGCCCCAAUCGAAUUUGCCCUGUCAUUAAGAAGCCAUGCUCUCUUUCUAUCCAUGAGGGACACGUAACAUUUCUUAAGCAUAUAAUCAUGGCGUGUUCUGUUGGACUACUUUGGUUAUUUCAGUGUGAAAUGUAUUCAUGGUGCAGUCAAUACAUCUGUUUUUUGUAUGUUUUUUUUUAUUAUACUGAUAAGCAGUUCCUCAUACAUCAUGUUCACAUUGCUUAAAGUGCUCUAGUUUAGGUGAAACAUGAUAUAUUGAUGUAAAUGUUUUCUAAUCAGUAUGAAAAACAUACUGGGUUUUUAUCAGCACACAGGAGUGGUACCCACUCUGUACAGGCAUUUUUUCUUCUUCUUUUUUUUUUUUUUUUUUGCUAAACAGCUCAUGUUCGUAAAAAUCUAUCAUUCAAAAAGAAAAAAAACAGAUCCGAGCAGUGGUUCCUGUUUGCAGGUCUGCAUUGUGAACAUAGAUGAAAUGAGGACAAUGUCCACGAAGGUCGGUCUUUCACGUCAUGUGAUAUACAGCAAUCUCUCAGAGCAAAAGCCAUACCUUAGAAAAGUGAGAGUUGAAAUAAAGGCAAUAUUGUGUUUAUAGUAUAUCACCAGGAACCUCUGGAUAGUUUUGCACUUGACAGAUAGAUCAGGUUACUAGUUCACAUAGCAGUUUGUUCCUAAUGUAUAUUAUCAUUACAUUCAAAGAGCUAAGUGCUCGGGUGUGUGACUGAAAUACAAUGGUAAUAUAUGAGAGGCACAAACUGGGGGCUAUAGUUCAUCAUGUAAAUUCAAUGGUAACCUUGACAGAGAAGCUAACCUUGCAUGAAGCAAGGUUAACCUUAUUGCUAGCCAUUGUUUCUGUGCUGUAGGAUCCCAUGAGUGUUAGCACCCGUGUUAGCUACCAACCCCUUUGUUGAAAUACCCGUGUAGUCGUCUGCUUCCCAUCCUUUUUGCUAGAAUUCUCGCUGCCUGACCCGAACUCUUCGGGCCCUGUUUCACUGCGUAAAGCUUACGACUCAGGGGCCAGGUUCAGGUUUGGUUGUCACAAAUUCAAUUUAUUAACAAAUUCUCUUUUAAAGGCUUUUCUUCUCUCACUGUACCAUCUGUCUGCAUCCAUGUUUGUCACAAUGUUCAGAGAGAGAAGGGGGAAAGAGAGUGAGCGUAGCAAAUUUGUUACGUUAGCCUGAUAAGCUAACGGUCCUGGUCGAAAAGAAAACAGGUACAUUGAGUGGGCAUUACAUGGUCCACAGCCUUCAUAGAUUCAUGUAGUUGGACGAAACAGUUCUCAGUGUCUCCUGUGUUCAUUUAAAACAAAAACAAAAAAAAAAGUGGUGGGACCAACCGUGAUUCUAGACCCCCAUCUGCUGAAGUGUGCACAGUUAGUCCUGCUGCGUUCCCGAACCUGAGGAAACAGGAUUUCAGUUGAGAUUUAUCAAAUAAAUAAGUCCUCAGUUCUGAAUGAAUUUGCACACUGAAAAUUGACCGUGACUGUCAGAGCUCAGAUGAGAAUCGAAUAGGAGAAUGUGUGUUUCGUUUGUGUGUUAUCAUGUUAUUCUGUCACGUCCUCUGCAAUUUUGUCAUCAUGCUUUCUUUCUUAGAGGGAGUUUUAUCUUAAAUGGCAAGGUCUUACUCGUGUGUCACAUUUACUCAUGUCUGUCACUGUCUAAUCUCAGAAAUUUUACGACCACCACUGUAUGAGUUCUGCUCAUAUCUGCACAUUUUACUUGUGUUUCUAUGCGUUCGCUUGCACAAGACGGAGUGAGUCGAGACAGAAGCUGAGUUGUUUGUGAUGUACGACACUGGAAUGAGUAGGACCAUACUGAGUGGUUGUUCUAAUCAUGCUGUUAUAGUGCACUUUAAAGCUUCUUUAAACUCCUCAAAAUGUUCCUUUAAGGGUCAGUCCUGCAGUACUGUAUUAUUUCAGGUUUAAGGCAGAGCUUUCUGAAGAAUUGUCUGAGAGAUUCAUCAGAUGAUGAUGCGUCCAGUGUUAAAGCGAUGUUUCUACCUCAGUACAGUAUUCGUGUCACUCGGUCAGUGAGAAGAACCAUCGUUGAAACAGAUUUCGUCCCCUCGCUCUCUCCAGACUGCGGCUGCCGGACUUGAAUCUACCAUUUGUUAAAAGCAGUGUUCAGUAUGUGAAUGUUAGACUUACAGACUACUGUAUUUUACCUAGUGAAGUCCUCAGGGGUGACUGAAGAACGACACUAAUACAUUAUUCACACAGGCACUUAAAUUAUGAAUUACUAGAAGUGGCAGUAAAUGAUAGUACUCGGUGUCUGUUAAUGCUGAGAUGGUGAAACCCCUCCACUAUUAUGUUAAUUGAUGUAUCAAAUAGCACUAAUAAUAUGGAUGAUUUGAGUUUUCUUGAAUAAAUUAUACAGA